ACCCCAAGAGAAAGAAGCUAAAGAGAAAAAUGGAGGAGGUCGAUCAGAAGAUGAUGAGUGCUAGUGAUUCAAAUAACAUGAUUUAUAAGGAUCAAGAUGCAAAUAUGCUUCCUGGGUAUCGCUUUCACCCUACUGAUGAAGAGCUAGUGAGGUUUUACCUUCGGAGGAAGGUGGAGAACAAACCUAUUCGUCUUGACCUAAUCAAGCAUGUUGAUAUUUACAAAUAUGACCCUUGGGAUCUUCCAAAAGCGAGUGGGGACAAGGAGUGGUACUUCUUUUGCAGAAGGGGAAGGAAAUACAGAAAUAGCAUAAGACCUAAUAGGGUUACAAAAUCUGGGUUUUGGAAAGCUACUGGCAUUGACAAGCCUGUAUAUUCGGUUGGAGACUUUCACAAUUGCAUUGGCUUGAAGAAAUCCUUAGUCUACUACAGAGGAAGUGCCGGAAAAGGUACCAAAACUGAUUGGAUGAUGCACGAGUUUCGUCUUCCAGCUAGUUCAAACACUGAUACUUCUAUCAAGAACAGUACUCAAGAAGCUGAAGUUUGGACACUUUGCCGGAUUUUGAAGCGAGAUCAUACUUCGUGUGGAAAGUAUACAUCAAAUUGGCGUAUGACAACCUUGAAUCCCAAGCAAAGUGUGGCUGGCUCAAGUUCUAAAACAUGCAGUUCUGAGUCAGAUGCAACUUUUGGUGCUUUGGCUGCUAACGAUCAAUCUGAGAGGAGUCCUCUUUUCAAUAAUGUUCAUACGUAUGAAGGGAACCAAUUCUCCCUAGGCCGGCUGAGCUUAAAUGACGACGUAAACAAUCCAAACUCGUGCAUAAGCUUUCCGAAUACUCCAAAUGAAGAGAUGUUAACAUCGAAUGGAAACUGGGAUGAGCUCAGACCAAUGGUUGACUGUGUUCUUAAUCCGUCACUGCUAUACAGUUAUAUGUAGCUAGCGGAAAUUAAGUUCUCUAACCUUUGUCAUAGUUAGGGGGAUUACACACCCACAUAGCAUGCGGGACUCUUUUUUACCCUUGGAUGUUGAUGAUCUACAUGAAUAACAUAUUAUGAACGGUACUAUCCACACGUUCAUUUUUACAUUUUA